CGAGGUUGAUUCUGUUGUGGCCCAAUUGCCAUCUAUGUCCCGCCCCUUCGGAGUCCGCGAGAGGCAGAACCAGCCAAUCCCUGCGGUGCUAACCCCCGGCAGUGGCUGAAGCUGGAUUUAGCGUGUCUGCGGAUCCUGCUGGGGGACGCUGCAGGCGGCGGGAUGUCCUGGUCCGGCUUUCUCCGUAGCCUCAACACGUCCCUAAGUUAUGGCCUAACCCUGGCCCCCCGGCUCUGGGCCACCCGCCCCAUGGCCACCCUGAACCAGAUUCACCGCCGCGGGCCUCCGAAGUGGCCAUCUCCCAGUCCAGGUCCCACCGAGGGCCGGCCGCAGCUGAAGGGUGUGGUUCUGCGCACGUUCACCCGCAAACCCAAGAAGCCCAACUCGGCCAACCGCAAGUGCUGCCGCGUGCGGCUCAGCACAGGCCGCGAGGCCGUCUGCUUUAUCCCCGGAGAGGGCCACAGCCUGCAGGAGCACCACAUCGUACUUGUGCAGGGCGGCCGCACCCAGGACCUGCCAGGCGUCAAGCUCAAGGUUGUGCGUGGCAAAUAUGACUGUGGUCAUGUGCAGAAGAAGAAGUGACUGCCAGGGCCACGCAUGCUGGGGCGCAUGUGGAACAAGAGCCUUCCUGCAGUAUCCUUGGGAAGUCGCUGGUCCUGGUUCAAAUCCUGUUUCCACCUCUUCCAUCGGAAUCACCAUCAGCCCCUGGGGGUCCUGGGUGUAAAUUGGAAAAAGGUGCCCUCUGCCAACACUCUGGUGUCCACGUACAGAGUGUUGGUGCAAGGGGCCUCUUCCGCUGUGACUGUACACUACCACCAUCUGAUGGGAAGGGCUUGUAAUAAACACAGACCCUGUGGUUGUGAUGUGUA